AUGACACCCGCACGCUCUCCUCCUGCUGGUGCUGAUGCAGACCACGCUGAAGGUCUGCUGCUCUCUUUCCAAGGUCUCACUCACUACAGUUCCUCAGGUCUCGACCUUGGCCUGCCCUUGUUUGGGGCUUUGGGCUGUGUGGAUGACCAGCUGUUUGUGUCCUAUAAUCAUGAGAGUUGCUGUGCUGAACCCCGGACCUCAUGGGUCUUGGGUAGAGCAUCCAGCCAGCUAUUCAGUCUGAAAGGGUGGGGUCCUAUGUUCACUGUUGACUUCUGGACCAUAAUGAACAACCAAAACCACAGUAAGGAGUUCCACACCAUAUAGGUGAUCCUGGGCUGUGAGGUUCAUGAAGACAAUAGCACCAGUGGGUUCUGGAAAUAUGGGUAUGAUGGGAAAGACUACCUGGAAUUCUGCCCUGAGACUCUGGAUUGGAAAGCAGCAGGGCCCAGGGCCUGGGCCACCAAGACAGAGUGGGAAACACACACAAUUCAGACCAAGCAGAACAAAACCUACCUGGAAAGGGACUGCCCAAUGCAACUGCAGCAGCUCCUAGAGCUGGAGAGAAGGGCUCUGGACCAGAAAGUCACUCAUCAUGUGGCCUCAGCAGUGACCACUCUACAAUGUCAAGCUUUGAACUUCCACCCACAGAACAUAACCAUAAGAUGGUUGAAGGACAGACAGCCAUUGGAUGCCAAAGAAGUCAAGCCUCAGGAUAUAUUACCAAAUGGAAAUGGGACCUACCAGAGCUGGGUGAUUGUGGCUGUGGCCCCUGGGGAAGAGCAGAGAUAUACCUGCCAGGUGGAACACCUAGGCCUGGAUCAGCCCUUCAUUGCCACUUGGGAAAAGGAUCAACCUUCACCAUCUAGCAGCCUGGUCACGGGAGUUAUCAGUGGGAUCACUGCUUGUGUCAUCAUCUUCAUUAUUGGAAUUUUGUUCUGAACCUUAAGGAAGAGGCAAGUUUCAAGUAAAGGAGCCACGAGGGACUAUGUCUUAGCUGAAUGGGAGUGA